AUGUCUCUCAGUAGAAGUAUCGAGCUCGAGCACUUUGACGAACGCGACAAGGCGCACCGCUCUAAACGCGCGUUCGGCGGUUCGGGAUCUCAGCAGGGUUCCCGCGCGAGCAGUCUGGUACCGAGUCCCGCGCACAGCGCCAACUGCAGCUUCUACCGGACGCGGACGCUUCAAACGCUCAGCUCCGAGAAACGCGCGAAAAAGGUGCGCUUCUACCGGAAUGGAGACCGGUAUUUCAAGGGGCUCGUGUACGCGGUGUCAAACGACCGCUUCAGGUCACUGGAAGCGCUGCUGGCGGAGCUGACGCGCUCGCUCACGGACAACCUGCACCUGCCGCAAGGUGUGCGCAACAUCUACAGCGUUGACGGGUCGAAGAAGAUCGCGAGCCUGGAGGAACUCGUGGAAGGUGAGAGUUACGUGUGCGCCUCUAACGAGCCCUACAGAAAGGUGGACUACACGAAGAACAUCAACCCUAACUGGGGUUCUAGGCAGGCGGGGGCGGGGCCUGUGGGCGGGCCGGUGCCUGUGGGCGGAGCCGUGCGUCAGGGGCCCCAGCACGUGGUAGGGGAAGCAAGGGAGAGUAAAGACUUCAUCAAACCCAAACUUGUGACGGUGAUCCGGAGUGGCGUGAAGCCUCGGAAAGCCGUGAGAAUUCUGCUGAAUAAGAAAACGGCGCACUCGUUCGACCAGGUGCUCGCCGACAUCACAGAGGCCAUCAAACUGGACUCGGGAGUGGUGAAGAGACUCUACACACUGGACGGCAAACAGUUAACGAGUCUGCAGGAUUUCUUUGGCGAUGACGAUGUUUUCAUGGCGUGCGGUUUGGAGAAGUUCCGUUACGCUCAGGACGAUGCUGCCAUUGGACAUGCUGGGAAAAGCGCGGCGGCGGCGGCGUUUGUUAAUGAGUGUAAGAAAUCCAGACCGUCAGUUCCACCCAAGACAUGUGGACCCAGAAGUUCUGGAGUGCCGAGAUCCAAAUCGCCCGUCUCUGCCAAUGAGGCUCCACGGAGUCAGUCUCCACCUGUGAGGUCAUCGAAAUCUCCAGGCAGCCUCAGAGCUUCUGUUCAUCAGGUGUCUCCCUCUUCAUCCCCCAGCAGACGCCUUCAUGAUGAAGACCUUAGUCAAGAGGUGAAUGGGAAUGAAUUUCAGUCGUCUGUCAUCACUGACAAAUACAAAGUGGGAAAAGUCAUCGGAGACGGAAACUUCGCAGUCGUCAGAGAGUGUGUGAAGAGGUCUACAGGUCAGGAGUACGCACUGAAGAUCAUAGACAAAGCCAAAUGCAGCGGGAAGGAGCACCUGAUAGCCAAUGAGGUGGAGAUACUGCGGCGAGUGCGACACCCCAGUAUCAUUAUGCUAAUAGAGGAGCUGGACACGCCCACUGAGCUGUAUCUUGUCAUGGAGCUCGUUAAGGGUGGCGACCUGUUUGACGCGAUCACUUCCUCUACGAAGUACACGGAGCGAGACGCCAGCGCGAUGUUGUUCAAUCUGACCGGAGCGCUCCGAUAUCUGCACAGAAUGAACAUCGUACACCGAGAUAUUAAACCUGAAAACCUGCUGGUGUGUGAAUAUCCAGAUGGCACGAAGUCACUGAAGUUGGGUGAUUUUGGGCUGGCUACCAUCGUGGAGGGGCCGCUGUACACCGUCUGUGGAACGCCCACUUACGUCGCCCCCGAGAUCAUCUCAGAAAGCGGGUACGGUCUGAAGGUGGAUAUCUGGGCUACGGGUGUGAUCGCGUACAUCCUGCUGUGCGGGUUUCCUCCGUUCCGCAGCGAGAGAAAUCAUCAGGAGGAACUGUUCCAACAGAUCUUACUGGGCAGGCUGGAGUUUCCCGCUCCGUACUGGGACAAUAUUAGCGCCUCCGCUAAGGAUUUAAUUGGUAAAAUGCUGCAGGUGAAUGUGGGUUCUCGUUACACGGCUGACGAGGUGCUGGAGCACCCGUGGGUGCAGGACGACGCAACGAUGGACACAAACAUGGUGCGUGAGACAGAAGAUGAAGCUGAAGUCACACACAAGGACACAGAAGCAGAACUCGCUCAUGGUAAACCGCUUUACUCUGGAACUUUCUGUACUUAUACUGAAGAUUUAGAUCAAUUAAACAGGACGUGCUUUACUAAUAUUGUGUGUGUGUGUGUGUGUGUGUGUGUGUGUAGAUGACACUUGGCAGUAGCUGAGAAAUAUCUGGAGGUGCAACAGAAGCUCUGAAUACAAAACCUCCAAACACCAACACUGAGACCAGACUGGACCAGACCAGACCAGACUGGACACACGGAGGCCAGCAUUCUCACUGUGAAAAAUCAUUUACUUUCUGAGCAUUUUUGUUUCUUUUUUUACCCCACUAGCAAAUAUUUUUCUUGGUAUAAGCAAAAAUGUUUCAAUAUUGUUCAUGCAUUUCUCUAAAAAUGAUGUCAGUUUUGUCAUUUUGCUUCUCAAGUCAAUUUAACUGGUAUACAGAAGGUAUUUACUUGAAAACUAGACAAAAAUAUUAAGAAAAUAGUUUAGUUGUUUUGCACCCCCUCCUGUCUGGCUCUGUUCAGAAUAGCAUACUUGCAUACUUCCACUACUCCUGCAGUAUAUAGUGUGUAAUGUGUGCAGUAUGUACAGUUUCUGUAUGCAUGAAUUACCUGCAUUAGUAAAAUGUGCAGUAUCCCACAAUGCAAUGCUCUCCACCUGAACUCCCAUCUCUGGUGUGAUGAAUGAACUUGCAGUUUAUUAUUUGAACAAAUGAGUAUUGUAAAGUUAAAGGGGUCGUUCAGACAGAAAUGUAAAUUCAGUCAUUGUUUACUCAUCAAAUAUGAUCGUAUGCUUUCAUAACAAUCAUGAGUCUCAUGAAUAAUUAAUUAGACUUCUGAAUUAAAGUCAUGUAGGGUUAUAACCACACAGGGGUGAGUAAACAAUGACUGAAUUUAAAUGUCAUUUUAAUAAUAACACUAAUUAUGCUGGUUUGAUCAAGUGAUGCUACAGAAAUGGUUUAGGUUUCAAAAGAUCAAAAUGAUCAACUGUAACUUCUACCGCUUACAAGCUACACCCACCAAACUGGGUACAGACCUUCAGACCGGUCUGACAAAGUAUGCCGUCUCUUUUCAAACUGAUUGAACUUACGGUUUUCCGGUAGCGGGCGAUGAAAAAUCCCCAAAAUCCCUUUGAUUUACAUUGACUGAAUGUUCAAACAGGCCAAAACUAUUCAAACUCCAACUGUCAAAAAUUCAAAUGUAAACAAACCCACUCAAGGACUUUAAUCAGCUCUCUCUUGCUUUUCUAUCUAUCUAUCUAUCCAUCCAUCCAUCCAUCUGUCUGUCUAUCCAUCAAUCCAUCUAUCUGUCUAUCGAUCUAUCAAUCUGUUCAUCAAUCCAUCUAUCUAUCAUCCAUCUCUGUUCAUCAAUCCAUCAAUCAAUCCAUCCAUCAUCAAUCCAUCCAUCUAUCUGUUCAUCAAUCCAUCCAUCUGUCUGUUUAUUCAUCAAUCCAUCUAUUUAUCAGUCCAUCCAUCUAUCUAUAUGUUCAUCAAUCCAUCCAUCUAUCAAUCCAUCCAUCCAUUCAUUUAUCAAUCAAUCCAUCCAUCUAUCCAUUCAUUUAUCAGUCCAUCUGUCUAUCUAUCUAUCUAUCCAUCCAUCCAUCUGUCUGUCUAUCCAUCAAUCCAUCUAUCUGUCUAUCUAUCCAUCUAUCAAUCUGUUCAUCAAUCCAUCUAUCAAUCAAUCCAUCUAUCUAUCAUCCAUCUCUGUUCAUCAAUCCAUCAAUCAAUCCAUCCAUCAUCAAUCCAUCCAUCUAUCUAUCUGUUCAUCAAUCCAUCCAUCUGUCUGUUUAUUCAUCAAUCCAUCCAUCGGUCUGUUUAUUCAUCAAUCCAUCCAUCGGUCUGUUUAUUCAUCAGUCCAUCCAUCUAUCUAUAUGUUCAUCAAUCCAUCCAUCUAUCAAUCCAUCCAUCCAUUCAUUUAUCAAUCAAUCUAUCUAUCUAUCAAUCCAUCCAUCCAUCUAUCUGUUCAUCAAUCCAUCUGUCUGUCUUUUUAAAGUCUUUGUCUUGACAAACUUCAUGUAGUUCUGAGAUGAUAACUGGAUAAUAUUGAAUCAGGUCAUGUGACCACAAUGUCAAGUCAUUUUUAUGUGUAUAGCGCUUUUCACAAUACACACAGUUUCAAGCUGUAAGUCCGCUUUGAAAAACAGGCCUUAAAUGUUGUUUUUAGGCCCAUACUGUUUAAAGUAGGCAGUGUACAGUACAUACUCUACAUUCCUCCAGUAAUGUGGUCUCAUGUUCUGGUCUGUCUGAAAGAGCCUCAACCAUCUCUGCACUGUGCCCUCUCUCUCUCUCCUGCCUUUCAUGCUCGAUCUCUCUGUAAAUGUGCUGUUGGUGUCGUCCAUCAUUAGUCUCUCAUUACCGUCAGAUUUCUGUCUUUCUGAAUGUGUGUGAUUGUGACUGUAGCAGCCCACACAGAAUCUACACCCACAGAAAUUCGGCAGAUUCACCGGAAUUGGAGCUAGAAAGUUCUACAUAUCCAAAAAUGGCCUUUUUGUAACAUAUUUGACAGAUCUAUUCUGCAUAAUUCCACCUAUUUGACCCCUGAAUCAGUGCAGUAAAGUGUGUGAGCUGUGUCAUUAUUGAACAUAUCAAACCUGAACUAGAGGAAGACCGAUAUAUAUAUAUAUAUAAAUCUAAUCUAGCUGCACACUUGCCACUUGAUAUUUUCACAUGCAAAUGAGCUUUUGAUUCGCCGCAAACAUUUACCUGAAGUUUGCACCUCUUUGCCAGUAGUGGUGAACCUCCAGCAAACCUUUGGCAACAACAGACAAUUUGCAUGUGAAAUCAUCAGUGUCGAAUUUGCGGCAAAUCUGCCAUGAACUCUUGAUUUUCGAAAGGGAAUUUGCCGUCUAAUUCGUUGGUGCGCUAUUUGAGAACCGUUGGGUCUAUCCAAAAGCUUUUGAUCACUUUUUGUCAAGAGCAUCCCUAGAUGGUGCACAACAAAUUUUAUGCGAAUCGGACUUAAAAAAAAGUUGGCUUUCAAUUAAAUUCAAAAUGGCUGAAAACAGGAAGUAUAUUCCUGACCACUGGGUGGCGCUGUGCCGAAACUGUGCAGGUACCCUCAAGUCAUAAUGGCGACGACAUUUACCAAGUUUCCAGUCAAUGCGCUAAAGCGUUGAGAAGAUAGAGCCUCACGUCCAUUUUGGCGUGCUUGACGUCAAAUUCGUUGCAUCGUUAUUCAAAAACGGUUUGAUUGAUCAAAAAGAUUUUGAUACUCUUGUGUCCGGACUGUCUCUAGAUGAUAUGUGCCCAAUUUCAUGCAAAUCGGACAUACGGCCUAAGAGCAGUUAAAACAAAAGUAUUUGAAAUCGAAUCGGGCGGAAAUGAAAACCAUCUACAGUCAGUCAACAAAGCCCAUCGUCUGAUACACAUAUAUGGGCAAUAAAAGCUUAAUCUGGUAAAUAAUUACGUACUAUAAAAGUCUCGUGUUGUGCACCAAACCUUUAUUAUUUUUUCCAGGUUAUUAUUCAGAUUUUGGUUGCAAAAUAAACCGCAUUUGUGAUUUGAUUCAUUUUUGAUAUUUCCUAGUAAGAAAUCCAGAAAAUCGGUUAAUUAAAUCCAUCGGUCGACCUCUAAACUGAACAUCUGAUCUUUUGAAAUGUACAAUUGUGAGUCUGAUUUGUGUCACCAAAUUGUAGGAACAUACACUGCAAAAUAAAUAAAUAAAAACUCCUUGUCCUAAUCAGUAUUCCUGUUUUAUACAUUUUAAGUGUUAAAUUUAUGCUUCAAAAUAAUUGUCAUUCAAGACAUAUUCUGGGAAAACAAUUGUUAAUAUGUUCUCCCAGUAAAUAUAUAUAUGUUUACUGGAAAACCAGACAAAAAUACUGACGUGGGCAACGAUUUUCCGCAGUGUAAUAUAGUGUUUCUAUGGCAAGCCGUUUUAACUUUUAUUCAUUUCCAGGAUAUGAAUUCUUGAUAUCA